CAAGGAAGCGCAUAUGCGUGCUGCUAUUUGCUAGUAAUGCCGACAUCUAAGGGAGGAGAGCGCCGUGAAACAGAAAGCUGAAAAAAGCAAACACUGAGGAUUCAGGCACCCCGCUGACAGCUAGCUGCCGUUUAGCUCUGACAAAAAGCCAAGGACAGCAGCACGAUGUCAGACCAUGUUGGUUGCCUAAUUCACCUUACGUGCCAGUUUCAGUGACAACCUUGUCUAAACCGCUGUGCACUGCCUGUGCGUGAAAUUGAACUCCCUUCUUGUGGAAAGUAGUUUAAGGGCGGACCAUUGGCUGAAUCCCAAAGAAAAAGGUGUGUUUUUUUUUCUUUACCUGAGCUGGCGUGUCCUGACAGUUUGCCUGCUCUGUCCUCUCGGGACUCAUGUUUCUUCCCCAUCCACGGAUGAUCUUAAGAGCUACGCUUGAAGGAAACGCUCACCAAAAUGAUUUUAGAGGGUGACUUGGAGAGCAAUCGCUGAAUCCCUGCUCUUCUACCUCCCAUCACCCACACACCCCUUUUUCCAGUCCCUGGAAUCUCACCAUGUUGGAAGGUUUGGUUGCCUGGGUACUCAACACCUACUUGGGCAAAUAUGUCAGCAACCUUAACACUGACCAGCUCUCCAUUGCUCUACUCAAAGGGGCAGUUGAAUUGGAAAACCUUCCCCUUCGAAAGGAUGCUCUUAGAGAGUUUGAUCUACCUUUCGAGGUCAAAGCAGGUUUCAUUGGGAAGAUCACCCUCCAGAUCCCAUUCUACCGGCCUCACAGUGACCCCUGGGUCAUCUGCAUGUCCCAGCUGCACCUGAUCGUUGGCACAGCCCACCCCCAGGAGUAUGAGGAGGAGAGGGAGCAGGAGGCAGAGCGGGAGUACAAGAAGAAGCUUCUCCAGGCCCUGGAGGAGAAAUGGAAGAGCGAAUGCCAACAGAAAGGAGAGUCCUACUGGUAUUCAGUCACUGCAUCUGUGGUUACUAGAAUUGUGGAGAACAUUGAGCUGAAGAUACAGGGUGUUCACCUGAGAUUUGAGGAUGAGUCUUCCAACCCGGAGAAACCUUUUGCGUUUGGUGUGUGCAUUAAGAGUGUAUCAGCGCAGAAUGCAACCAAAGAACCGGCCCAGAAGUUGCUGCGACAGAAGCGGCUGGAGAUUGAGGAGUUCAGUGUGUACUGGGAUACCGAAUGCGUCAUGCUGGGUAACCUCCCUCCAUCAGAGAUUCAGGAGGCGAUGGCCAAAUGCAUGCAGAGCCGUGAGCACCAGUACGUCUUUGAGCCUGUGUGUGCCUCAGCUCUGCUUAGAAGAAAUGCAUCCAAAGAACCCCUGCGUUCCCGUCACAACCCACGCAUCGAAGGCCAGGUCCAGCUGGAACCUCUGUCCCUCCGUCUUUCGCAGGUACAAUACCAGCAGAUCAUGGCUUUCCUCAAGGAACUUGACCGGAGAGAAAGAGAAGUGCUGUUUCGCCAAUGGAAGCCUAAAGUCCCAGUGAUGGGGAACUGCCGGGAAUGGUGGUUGUUUGCCAUCAAUGCCAACUUGAGUGCGAUCCGGGAACAAAGGCGUCGCAGUAACUGGGACUUCGCCCUGCGGAGGGCAUGUGAUGCCCAGCUGUACACCAACCUGUACUUCCAGAGGCUGAAGGGAGUCGGUCUGAGCACCGAGGAGGAGGAGGAAUUGGAGCGGGUGGAGAAUGAGCAGAGCCUGGAAGAGCUUAAGUGCUUGCGAGAGAUUGUCCACGACCGCUUCCGCAAGCAAGAAGAGAUAGCAGAGAGCGUGCGGGAGUCCAUCUCUGAGCCCCCCAGCCGGUCUCCUUCUGGAUCCAUCCCCAAGAGUGGCAGCACAGGCAUGAUCCAGUACCUGCAGUCCUGGUUUCCAGGGUGGGGUGGCUGGUAUGGCGAGUCUCAGAGUCCUGAGCCAGGCGUGGAGGGCCCGGGCGUGGUGCCUGAAGGGCUGCUUCCUGGCCAAGAGACGUGGGACAUACUGGCGGAUACAGAAGAACUCUUUGACCCUCUCGAAGACUCCCAAACUCUGAACAGCGUCACUCGGAGGGACCAUCUCUUUGCACGGUUGGACUUCCUGCUGGAGAAGGGAGAGAUCACCCUUCUCCACCGGGACAGGAGGAGCCUCUUGCCCCAGGAAACUGGAUUCAUCCAGUUGGAGUUUUCAGGGGUGAAGAUUGGAGUGGAGUCUCUUCCUCGCACUGAGUCCUCACUGCUUUCCGUUAAGCUUGAGGGGCUGUUUCUCAGAGACCUUGCCACACAGGGCACCAUCUUCCCUUUCCUUGUGUCCCCUAAGCAGAACAAGGUUGUUGGGGCAUUCAAUCAACCGUUUGGCCCAGCUAGUGGUUCAGAUGUUCCUGUAUCAGCCCCAGAUGUGGAGACUACAACGCCCCCUGUCUUUGAAAUGAUUUAUGAGCGCAACCCAGCAAGAAACAACUUUGAGAGGCGCCUUGAGGUCACCACGAGUCCUCUUAACAUCAUCUACAGCCCACAGGCAAUCAAGAAGGUGGCUGACUUUUUCUACAAAGGUCGAGUCCACACUUCAGGAUUUGGAUAUCAGUCUGAGUUGGAGCUCAGGGUAGCAGAGGCAGCCAGGAGGCAGUACAACAAGCUGAAGAUGCAAACAAAAGCUGAGAUCCGGCAGACAAUUGAUCAGCUCCUUGUGGGAGAGUUUAUCGAAAAUAGUAAGCGCUGGACCCUGAAGCUGGAUAUAUGCGCUCCUCAGGUGAUCUUUCCUGAUGAUUUCCAGUCCAAAGACCCCAUGUUGGUUGUAGUGGAUUUGGGGAGAAUUCUUCUCACCAACUCACAAGAAGACCUCAAAACAAAGUCGAGGAUAACCCCGAUGGAAGGAGAGGAGUUUAGUGACGAUGAGUACCAGACACCUUUAGCUACACCCCCAGGAUCUCCUCCCCCUGAGCCAGAAAUAGAGGUCAAAGAUGAAGGCAAAAGUCCUGACCACUCCACGUUGGAACUGGCUGAGAAAUUUCCUCCAUAUUGUUGGAACCUGUAUGAGAAAUACUCCCUGUCUUUUUUAGACCUUCAAAUUAUGGUUGGUCAUUACAAGGACAAUUGGAAGCACCUACAGGAGAGUGAGGUAGGGCCCACACAUGUGGUGGAGAAAUUCAACGUCUUACUACAGCUUGAACAGCGGCUUCGCUACACUUCAGAUCCUCAGCUUCCUGGGGCCGUACUAUCAGGGACCCUCCCUGAUCUCAAAGUGCAUAUCAACCUGGAGAAGGUGGCAGCCCUUCGGAGUUGUCUGGCCCGUUUGAACAGUCCAGACACACAAGAAAUAGGUUCAGCAAAAACUGGAGACAGCAAUAAGUCUUCUGAUCCUUUGUUUUUGCGUCAUGAGAGAAUCUUCCAGAAGGAUGAAAACCAGUGGAAGAUGCAGGGAUCAACCAAGAACCUUACCCAGAGCGUCAUGACUCUUGAGCAGCACACCAGAGAAGUCCUGGUGGAGUCUAGACUUCUCCUUGCCGAGUUCAACAUCAACUAUAUGCAGCUAGGUGUGGAGAGUGGUGGCCGUUACAUCUCUGUUUUAAAAGUCUUUGGAACUAAUGCCCACUUUGUGAAGCGGCCCUAUGAUGCUGAAGUCUCUCUCACUGUCCAUGGACUCCUCUUGGUGGACACCCUCCAAACAUAUGGAUCUGAUUUUGACCUCUUGGUGGCUUCUCACAAGCAUCUCAGCUUUGAUGUCCCUACUGGCAUCCUCCGGGAGAGUCAGCCACAGUCCCCUGUUACCCCUGACUCAAAAGCACCGGAUUCAUCUGCUAUUCAUGGUAGUUUCCCUCCUGGCGUCUCCUUUGAUAAGAUCUCACCUCUUCCUUCUGUCUUUAAGAACGAGGAAGCUCUCAUCAAAUUGGAGUACCAAUUUGUUAGUUCCGACUGCCCAUCUAUGAACCUGGACAGUUCCCUUCAAGUGACCACCGUGCAAGUAAACAACCUGGAUAUUAUCUUAAAUCCAGAGACGAUGGUGGAGCUUCUUAAAUUCCUCCAGAAGUCGUUUCCCAGAGAGAAGGAGGAAAACAACUGGAGUUAUUUUGCCCAGCAGCAGUUACCUCAGCCUCAUAUUGAUGGUAUGGGUCCAGAAGAGGUCUUCCAGUCUACAUAUGACCAGAACACAGAGGUGACUGUGGAAAUUCACAGGCUGAAUGUACUGCUCCUUCGUACUGUGAUCACAGGUGCCGUGCUAGGUGGAGAGAAGAAAGGGAUGAAGAUUGCCACAGCUAGUGUGAAUGGGACAAAAGUGAAUGUCUCCAUGGGAGGCCGACUGGAUGUCAAUGGGUCCCUUGGAUCCCUACAGCUGGUGGAUUUGACUCAGGAAGGUGGCAAAAGUCAAUUUGUCAUCAGCAUUGGAAAUGUGGAAAAUGCUUCGAAUUUUCCAGCGAUGGAUUUCUUUGACGUUGCUGGCACACCCUCGGAAGCCUUGAGGUUUCAUCUUCUGGAAAGGACACGGGAAGAAUGCUCACUUGAGCUUCAAAUGGCUUCCUUGCACUACAACCAUUCUGCCAAGUUCCUCAAGGAGCUCAGUCUGUCUGCCAAUGAGGUGGAGGACAACUUCCGGUCCAUGUUGAAGAGUGCAGCCUCUAAAGUGUCCACUGUGCUAGUCUCCAAAACUGCAGAGUACAGUGGCAUGGUCUCUCUUUUUGAGACCCCAUUGAAGAAGACCAGAGGGAGCUUCCCUUUUGAAGACGAUGAACUUGAGGAAACCGAGGAGGAGCCCAAGUUGGAUGCCUUCACUGUCAAGCUUAUUCUCAAUGUCAGUAUUGAUUCACCUGUGGUUUCCAUUCCACGAAAGCCAGGCCACUCAGAGCUUUUGGUGGGACACUUAGGGAGCAUCACCAUCCGGAACUUUGUGGCUGGUCAAGACAGCUCAGAGGGAAACAGGCUACAGGUAGAAGUUAGAGACAUUAGGCUUUACUCCCUUAACACCAGCCACCUGGACUUGCGUAAGGCUCCUUGUGGUGACCGCAGCCUGUCUUCCAGCUCCGCUUCCCACAAUGGCAGUAUCAAUCAGGAGGAGCCUCAGUUCACCCGCCAUGACUUUUUUGAGUCACUGAACCUUGGAAAAGCCUUUCACAUAUUGAAAGACACCACCAUCCAAUUCACCCUAGAGAAAGUCCCCAUUGAUGAAGACUCGCAGCUUUCCUUCCUGUCCUCUGAAGAGUCCUUUCGUAGCACAGGCCUGCUAAAAAUAGAGGGGAAAUUUGUCAAUACUGUGCAGGUGUCACUUGCGAAGCCUGUUUAUGAGCAGGUCCUCCAGACCUUGGACAAUCUCACCUUCACUGAGGACCAUCGAGCGACACCCAGCCAGCCCCCCACCCCUCCGCCCCCCACGCCUUCCUGCUCCAAACCGCUUCGCUUUCCUGACCCCCAGGGGGGGCUCUUCGCACGAGACCCCCCCUCCACAGGCCUGUCCUAUUCCUCCCUGUCCACCCCCACGCCUCUCCGACCUCUCUCCCCUCCCAGGCAGCCCCCCUCCUUCACACAGAUCAGGGCCACCUUCCGGGUGGCACAACUCCAAGUGCAGCUGAGCGCCGACCUCAGUCGGGGAUCCCAGGGGCUAGUCAGCCUCUGCUUUCAGGACUUGGAAGGAGAGUUUACUAAAGAUCACCCCCAGUCCUUGGCGGUGCAGCUGACCUUACGCUCUCUGCUGAUGGAAGACCUUUUGGAACCCAACCCCGAUUCCAAAUACAAACAUCUCAUGGUAUCCCGGGGAGCCCCAAAACCCUCUACCUUCAGUCCCAAGGAGUACCUCUCGCAGUCUUGCCCAUCACCUUCCAAUGCUCAGUUCCCAGACAUGCCGCGCUCCCUUCCAGCCCAGAUGGAAGAGGCCCAGAAUGUGUUCCAGUUCUACCAGAGGCACCCCAGCACCCCAGCCGCUGGGACAAGAAAGAAUAAGGAGACUCGGGCUUGUCCGAGCACCCCACCACCCUCCCCCUCCCGCAACACUCCUUCCCCUCAUCCUGAGCCUCCCUUUGAUGACUCGCUGGUCCACAUUAACAUCCUUCUGGUGGACAGGCACCAUCCAGAGUUCCAGAGCCGCUAUGGGAGCAUUGGUCGCAGUGUGGACGUGGACUUCAACUGCUUGGACGUCCUCAUCACCCUGCAGACCUGGGUGGUCAUCCUGGAUUUCUUUGGUAUCGGCUCCACCGCCAACAACCACGCCCUGAAAGUGCCAGCUUUUUCCCCCCAGCCCAUGCCUGGGCAUCCUCUGUUCUGCCCCUACUCUACAGCUCCCUGCGACGAAGUAUCCGCUGAUGAUGAGGAGGAAGUGGAGAAGAAGGUCAACACCAAGGUGGAUCUAAAGGUCCACGCGCUCUCUCUUGUCCUGAAUAAGAAGACCAAUGAGCUUGCCAAGGCCAGUGUCUCCAAACUGUCUGCCCACCUGGAAAUGAUUGAUGGAGACCUGGUGCUGCAGGGGAGUCUGGGAAGCCUGUCUCUGAGUGACUUGACUCCUCAUGGGGAUUUGUACAGGGAGCGCUUCACUACGCGAGGGGGCGAGGCACUUGUCUUUGACAUCUACAAGUAUGGAGAUCCCGACCCCUAUCUGCAGCGAGAGUGUGAUAUGAAAGUGUGCUUGCAGAUGGCAUCAGUGCAGUACGUCCACACCCAGCGCUUCCAGGCUGAGGUGGUGGCUUUCAUCCAACACUUCACUCAGCUGCAAGAUGUCCUUGGCAGGCAGAGAGCAGCAGUGGAAGGCCAGGCUGUGCGCGAGCGGCCACAGCGUGCCAGCCGGGUGCUGCUGGACAUUCAGGCAGGCGCCCCCGUGCUCCUGAUCCCCGAGAGCGCCCGCUCGCCCCGGCUCAUCGUGGCCAACCUGGGCCAGCUGCGGGUGCGCAACUGCUUCCUGCGGGCCGGCUCCCGGGGCACCUUCUCCCUGCGAGACAAGGAUCGAGACAAGAACCCUGAGAAGACGGGUAGUGAGGAGGGCCCAGCUGGCAAGGCUGGGGGGCCACGCAGCUGCAGUAGUGUGGGCUCCAGCUUCUCACUGGGCCUGGGGCGAAUGCCUGAGGUUGAAGUUCCAGAGAGUCCGGAUGACUAUGUCUGCCUAUUGGACUGUAUUGUGUUGGACCUGCAAGAGAUGGACAUCUUUGCAGCAGAGCGUCUGUCUCGAGAGGUGUGGGAGAGCAAGGAGCAUCCCGACACUGACCUGCUCUUCCCUUCCUACGCUGUGCGCCGCACCGGGGGCAACCUGCUGAAGGACCGCUGCCAGCUGAAGCUGCAAGUGGAGAGAAACCUGGACAAGGAGCUAAGCCAUGCUGUGCCAGACAUGUCCAUCCACGGCAGUCUGUCCUCUGUCCACUGCUCCCUUGACCUGGAGAGAUACCGGCUUAUCCGUGGACUGCUGGAGAACAACCUCGGAGAGCCUGUGGAGGAGUUCCUCAGACCCUACAACCUGCAGGACCCUAGCACCUAUACGGUGCUUAGCGGAGAAGUGUUUACGGGGUUGUCACUUCUAGUUGACAUGAUGAACGUCAGUCUGGAGUUGCUUGAUACAUCUGAUAGUGCUGGCAACACCCGCCCACUCGCCAGGUUUGACUUCAUGAAAUCCAAGCUGCUCUUUGAAAGCUUCUCCAACGGGACCAAGUCUGUGAACUUGGUGUCUCACUCUCUCCUGGCGUACGACACACGCUGCAGAGGGCACGGCACCAGCACAGCUCAGAAACAAAACGUUUUUGAAUGCAUCCUCCAGCCCUCCAAAGCUGGCACCAACCGAGCCUCCCUUCAGAUGGAACUGCACUUCAGGUCUACCCGAGACUCCUCCUGUUUCACGGUGGUCCUCAACAACCUGCGCGUCUUCCUCAUCUUUGACUGGUUGAAGCUGGUCAGGGACUUCCUGCGCACCCCUGGGGAGAAAGGUGCCGCCCCCCCCCGCCAGCGCUGCCCCAGCGGCAGCAGUGACCCCGGAGGAGCAGGUGCCGUCAUGCCCAAGACGGUGAAGACUGGGGUGGUGACCAAGCGCUCCACCGUGCCCGUCACUCAGGAGCAUUACUUUGAGGUCAAGAUCAAUGUGACAGGGACGGAGUUUGUGGUAGUGGAGGACUCCUCUUGCCUAGACACCAAUGCCAUUAUCCUGAAAGGCACAACUGUCCUGACUUAUAAGCCCCGGCUAUCUGAUCGCCCCUUCUCUGGCAGCCUGGCAGGUAUUGAGGUGUUCUCAUGUCGGCUGGGCAGUGAGCAGGAGACGGCGCUGUCGAUCAUAGACCCUGUCAACGUGCAGGUGGAGCUGUCUGGAAGCCCCACCUAUCAGAGCAGCUCGGGGCUCCUGGAUGCUUUCAACAUGGACGACUUCCCUCCACUGCUCGAGAUCCAGUUCCCAGCCCUUGAUAUCCGACUCUCCUAUAAUGACGUCCAGCUGUUUCUGGCCAUUGCCAAAUCUAUCCCCACCUCCGGCUCGUCAGAUUCCAAUGAUCCGGCCCUCACCUCCAAGACGGAGACAACCAAGGCCAGCCCGGGCCCAGCCACAAGCCAGAAGGACCUCUUCAGACACAAGACAGAGGCUUUAAUUGAGGGCCAGCUGGCACGUUUACAGGAUCUGGGCUUCAGAAGAGAAGAUUGUAGGCGUGCACUCAUCCAGAGUAAAGGCCAGCUGGACCAGGCCGCCACAUGGCUCUUGGAGAAUGCAGAGGUGGUGACAUCACGGCAGGGAGGCAGGGCUGACUGCGACUCUUCCAGCCCCGUCGCGCCACCCCUCUCUGGGCUGGAGGUGAAGGCGGAGAGCGUGUGCAUCUGCUUUAUCGACGACUGUCUGGACUGCGACGUUCCGCUGGCCGAACUCACCUUCUCCCGGCUGUAUGUGUUGCAGCGUAUCGGAUCCAAUCCUGAAGGUAGCGCCAGUUUCACAGUGUCUGGAGAUUACUACAACCGUGAGCUCUCUGGCUGGGAACCAUUCAUUGAACCUUGGCCUUGCUUUCUUACCUGGCAACAACAGGCUGCAGGACGCUUGCAUCCACCCCGUCUGAAACUGGGAAUCAGAGCCAAACCGCGACUGGACAUCAACAUCACCUCAGUCUUGUUAGAGCAAUACAGGACCACUAAGACUUCCUGGCUGGCUGAUUACUGUAAAGAGGAAGAGAAGGGGCAGUCGGCCCAGAACUCUGCGGCCUUGUCCUGGAUGGGCUCAUCAGUGGACCCCCCUUCCUUCAGACAGAGUCUUCCACUUGUCUACCUUAGAACUAGGAGCACAGCCAGCUUGACUAACCUUGAGCAGCAGAUUCAUGCCAGAGCGGAUGUGAAAAUGUCAAAGAGGAGGCAGCCAUUCGUACCCUAUGCUCUGCGGAACAACACUGGCUGCACCAUGUGGUUCGCCACCCUCACAACUACCCCUACGAGGGUGGCGCUGUCUCACAGCGGGAGUAUGGAUUCCAUCUCUGAUGCACAUGGGACAGGGUUGGAUGACACCCAUAAUGUGAGCCAGUGGCGCGAGGUCCUGCCAGGAGAGGAGAUUCCUUUUGUGUUUCAGGCCAGAGAAAAACUGAGACACAGACACACCCAUGAGCUGAAGUUGCACCAGCUGCUGGUUCGGGUCGGGGGAUGGGAGCAGGUGAAGCCGGUGUCUGUGGACAAAGUUGGGGUGUUUUUCCGAUAUGCUGCUCCUGAUCGCAACAAUCCCUCCAAUACGGUUGGGAGCCCUGUCAGUCGAACCAAUAUCAUUCACCCCCAUGUCUACUUCUCAGCUCUGCCCCCAGUGAGAGUGGUCUUCUCCAUCACUAUGGAAGGCAGCGCUCGCAAGGUGAUCACUGUGCGCUCUGCACUGAUGGUUAAGAACCGACUGGAGGUUCCUAUGGAGGUCCGUCUGGAUAGUCCAUCAGCGCCAGAUAAGCCUGUGGUGCUUCCGCCCAUCCUGCCUGGUGACUCCCUGGCUGUGCCUCUGCAUCUGACCUCCUGGAGGCUGCAGGCCCGUCCCAAAGGCCUGGGGUUCUUCUUCUGCAAGGUGCCCAUCCACUGGACCAGCGUGGAGCGGCCCGGUGAAGUCAGCAGCACCAAGAGGGAAUGCCACUCUGUUGACUUUGAGGAGCACCUCAAGCGUAGUUUCAGGUUCUGUGUCGUAAUAAAGAAAGACAACUACCCUGACCAGCAACCUGCCAAGACAGCGUCAGGUGGCUCCAAGCAGAUCUAUCGUCAGCCAGGCCACACAAUCUACCUGCUCCCCACUUUAGUGCUGGUAAACCUGCUGCCCUGUGAUCUCAUCUACUACAUUAAGGGCACGCCCAUCAAGGGCUCCAUGAAACCUGGCAAGGAAGCUGUCCUGCAUGCUGCCGACACCUCUCAGAACAUUGAACUGGGGGUAUUGCUGGAGAAUUUUUCUGUGUGUAAGGAGUUAUUGAUACCUCCUGGCACCCAGAACUAUGUGGUACGAAUGCGGCUGUAUGAUACCAGCAAACGGCUGCUGUGUCUGACCAUUCGCAUAGUCUUCCGUGCACAGGGGGCGCUCAAGAUCCUCAUGUCUGCACCCUACUGGCUCGUCAAUAAGACUGGACUGCCACUCAUUUUUCGCCAGGACAACGGGAAGACAGACGCAGCUGGGCAGUUUGAAGAGCAUGAGAUGGCACGCAGCCUCAGCCCACUACUGUUCUGUUAUCCUGACAAAGAGCAGCCCAGCAUGUGUACCAUGCGCAUCGGGAAGGGUAUUCACCCCGAGGGUGUGCCAGGAUGGUGCCAGGGCUUCUCUCUGGAUGGGGGAAGUGGAGUUAGAGCUGUCAAGGUGAUCCAGCAUGGGAACCGACCAGGACUCAUCUACAACAUUGGUAUCAAUGUGAGGAAGGGUAAAGGUCGCUACAGAGACACCCACAUUGUGACCUUUGCCCCUCGCUACCUGCUCGACAACAAGUCCUACCACAAGCUGGCCUUCUCUCAGCGCGAGUUUGCCCGAGGAAAGGGCACCGUCAAUCCCGAUGGCUAUAUCUCUACACUUCCAGGCUCUAGCGUAGUCUUUCACUGGCCCAGGAACGACUAUGACCAACUCUUGUGCGUGCGGCUGAUGGACGUCCCAAACUGCACCUGGUCUGGAGGGUUUGAAGUUAACAAGCCCAAAUCCUUCCAUGUCAACAUGAGGGACACUCUGGGAAACUGCUUCUUCCUGCGAGCAGAGAUCACCCUGAAGGGGGCGACGUACCGCAUCUCCUUCAGUGACACAGACCAGCUGCCCCCACCUUUUCGCAUUGACAACUCAUCUGAGGUGCCUAUCCAGUUCUGGCAGCAUGGGGUGGCUGACCUGCGCUUGCACACCGAGGUUAAGGCUGGGGCAAAGCUGGACUAUGCCUGUGACGAGCCCACCCUGCCUCCCUUCCUCAGCCUCACUGUCAAGGGGGCUGGAUCCUCUGAGGUCACUGCCGACAUGAACAGUUUCCGGGAGUACAACAAGCUGUACUAUGAGAACUUCAUCUACAUUGCUGCAGCCUACACGUUUUCCAAGAGCCCAGAGGAAGGAAAAAGGCCUGUGGGGAUGAAAAGGGAUAUUCGCUGUGCUGAACUGGUGCUUGAUGUUGAAACAAAGACCCAGAGAGUCAUUCUCAAGAAAAAGGAGCCUGGGAAGCGAUCUCAGCUGUGGCGCAUGACCGGUACCGGAAUGCUGUGUCAUGAAGGCUCCUCCUCCCCUCAGAGUAAACCCGCCCAGCCGCGCCCCCUCGAGUCCUCCCUUGUUCUGGACAUCGCCGGAUUGGCCGCUGUCACCGACAACAGUUACGAGCCUCUCAUGCUGAGGAGACCGGAUUCUCGGCGCAGCACCACCCAGACGUGGCACUUUAGCUCAGGGAUGUUGACCUGUGGGCUUCCUAGACUGGUAGUGCAGGUUAAGGCUGGGGUGUCAGGGCUGUAUGAUGGGGCAGAGGUAGUCCUGGGCCCUGAUUCAGGUCUCCUUAAUUCGGCCCCAGAACAGCAAUUCAUUAAUCAGAAAAUGCGACCUGGAUCAGGGGUGCUGUCCGUGCAGGUUCUUCCUGAUGGACCAACUCAAGUAUUGCAGAUCAGCGACUUCAACCAGCGCAGAGCAAACCGCACUCCCCCUGGUCUAGAGGAAGGUCUGGAGAGAGAUGCUGAGCAGGGGAGGCCCACCGAGCAGGAACUGGAGGUGGAGGUGAAGUUAGAGGAAGGGGUGGGUCUCUCUUUGGUCAACAAGCUGCCAGAGGAGCUGGUAUUUGCCACACUGUCAGGCAUCGAUGUCCAUUUCACUCGCACCACUGCAAGCCAAGUGCUGGAGCUCAAUAUAAAUAAUAUCCAGGUGGACAACCAGUUGUUGGGAACGACCCACAAUGUGAUGUUGUGCGUCACUCCGACUCCCAGUGAUAUUGUAACCACUGACACUGGACCAGCCCUGCAGAUUAAUGCCAUGAAAGUUCCAAGUAAACUACAGCUCACAGAGCUCUUCAAGCAUUUGAUGGUGACAGCCCGCCGUUUUACAGUCAUAAUUGAAGAGAAACUCUUGCUGAAGUUGCUCAGUUUCUUCGGUUAUGGACAGUCUGAAUCAGAAGUGGAGAAGCUGGAUGAGAAUCUGUAUGACAAGGCAACUGAGGAUGAAGGGGCUAAAAAGCACUACUACUUUGAGAACCUGAAGAUCAGUCUGCCACAAGUCAAGCUGAGUGUCUUCACCUCCCACAAACUAUCUCCAGAGCUUAAGGCACUGAAGGGCACCCUUGGGUUCCCACUGAUCCGUUUUGAAGAUGCAAUCAUCAAUAUGGAUCCCUACACUAGAGUGCACCCUUACGAAACCCAGGAGAUCAUCAUCAAUGACAUCCUCAAACACUUCAAAGAGGAGCUGAUUGGCCAGGCAGCUCAGAUCCUGGGCUCCGUAGAUUUCUUGGGGAACCCCAUGGGCCUACUCAAUGACGUCUCCGAAGGCGUCUCCGAGCUCAUCAAGUACGGCAACGUGGGGGGCCUGAUUCGCAACGUCACACAUGGGGUCUCCAACUCGGCUGCCAAGUUUGCAGGGACCCUGUCAGAUGGGCUGGGUAAGACCAUGGACAACCGCCAUCAGACAGAGCGAGAGUACAUCCGUUACCAUGGCGCCACGAGUGGAGAGCACCUCGUGGCAGGGAUUCAUGGGCUAGCUCACGGUAUCAUAGGCGGUUUGACCAGUGUCAUUACCUCAACUGUGGAGGGGGUGAAGACCGAGGGUGGUGUUAGUGGCUUUUUUUCUGGCCUGGGCAAAGGGCUUGUUGGCACAGUCACCAAGCCUGUGGCAGGAGCCCUGGACUUCGCUUCAGAAACAGCCCAGACUGUGCGUGACAUGGCCAGCCUCAGUAAUCACAGACUCAGCGUGCAGCGGGUGAGAAAGCCGCGAUGCUGUAAGGGCGCUCGGGGACUCCUGCCUCGUUUCUCUGCCACGCAGGCCGAUGGACAGGAGCAGCUCUUUCGUCUCACCGACAACAUCCACUCUGAAUUCUUCAUAGCCGUGGAGCCCAUUGAUACGUACUGCGUCCUCAUUUCCUCCAAAAUGGUGUACUUCCUGAAGCCAGGAGACUAUGUGGAACGUGAGGCCAUCUUCCUGGAAGUCAAGUACGAUGACCUCUAUCACUGCCUGGUCUCAAAGGAUCAUGGGAAGGUUUACAUACAGCUCACCAAGAAAGCAGAGAAUACCAGCAGUGGUGUGGCUAUCCCUGGACCCUCACACCAAAAGCCAAUGGUUCAUGUGAAGAGUGAAAGCCUAGCAAUUAAAAUCUCUCAAGAAAUUAAUUACGCCAAGAGCCUCUACUACGAGCAGCAGCUAAUGCUGCCACCCAAUGAAAAUGAAGAAUACCUAGAGCUGGAUUCUUAAAAGACCAAUCAGCGGGCAGGCAAGUUUGUUUGGGACAUGACUGGAAGUAACCAACCAGUGGUAAGGCCAUCCUGAAGGCAUCCAAUCAUGAGAGAGAACCCAGACAAAACACAGGAUCUCCAGAACAAUGGCCGGGGAGGGGCUGGAGGGGAUAAUGGCACCAUUUUUCAUCCCAAGUGUCAUUGUUUUUUCAAACUCUGUUUAGCUCUCUUGCACAGACUGAAUGCAAAAUCUGAGAAGCACAGCUGAAGAAGUUGAAAUCAAAGAUUAUGCAAAGAGUCUUAUUUUAUUGUAUUCUGUGUUUUGCAGCAGAAAGGGAGAUUGGGAAAGAGAUCAUAUAUAUUUUAUUUUACUAAACAUUGUUUAUAAGAUAAAGAUAUUAUAACACUAUCAGCUUUGUAAAUAUCUGUGAAAAAGUGAUGGAAAUAUGUAUGAAGUACUGGAAUUCAGGAAUGCUGUAUAAAGCUGCCUUUUGAUGUUUUUUUUUGGUGUACAGUCAAAGUGAGAUGAUUGGAGAUGUCAAAAUCAACUUCUUAUUGGGGAAAACAAAUAAUUGCACUGAUAUUGUACUGAUGUAUGUGGUAGAGCCUGUGCUAAGUGAUGCCACACUUCCUAGUGCUAGGAUAGGGUUUUUUUUUUUAGAAAUGAAGAAUCAGGCCAAAAUUGAACAAGACGUAGAUCAAUGAAAAAAUGUUUGUAGUCAUGCAGCAGGGGUAUGGUGGGAUGAGAUCACAGCCCAGGGACUAGGUAUCUGCCCUGUGCUGUCUGCUGGAAGCUCAUUUGCAGCUGGAACUUGCAAGUUCUUGACUGGGUUCCACAGAUUUUAGAACUCUUUCAUUUUUUGCCUUGGUUUUUUUUUAAUAAAGAAAACAUGCGAGGCAAUUUUUGUUCUGUUGCAGAGUGCUCUGCUGUUCUAGCAGAGUCUGUCUUUCCAAAAAGGUUUUCAAGAAUCAUAUUUUUACAUAGUCAUGCACCUUGUUCCUUAGACAUUGUAGAACAUGAAUGAAGUCACUUCUGUACCGUUUACUAAAGCUGUAGUAACUGCCACGAUAAAAGCAAUUCAGUGAUUAGCCUGAACCAAGAUCUGUUUUUUGUUGCCAGGAUAUAACUUGCAUUCUUUUUUAGACUUGAAUUUAGAGUUUUCCUGGUGACAUUUUCUGUGGCACAGUCUCACUCAUUUUUCUUUUAGCUGUUCUAGUCAAAGUCUCUUGAAUUAUGUAUUGUCGUGUUGACUCAAAAAACAAAAGAAACUGUACUGACAGCUUAGAAAAUGGUAUGAGGUCAUCUCUUGUCUGAUACUUCUAUUUCCUGGACAUUGAAGAAGACCAAAGUAAUUUCUCUUGUAUACAGUAUUGAAACACUACACUGUAUUUAGUUUAAUCCAACAAUAUUGAAUCCCAAUCUACAGCCCACAAAUACAAAGCAGUAUGAUGUUACAGCUUUAGUCAUCACGGUAUCUCUUAGAAAUGUACAUACCAGGUACUGUUCCCUUAAGAAAAAAACAAAACAAUGACAAUUUAGUGUUUCCCUAAUUAUGUUCACAAGAGCAGUCAGUGGUGUUAAGCAAACAUAAUUCUUUUUCUUUGUAAAAAAAGAAACGUGGUGGAAAUACCUUUGUGUUUCAGUAAUCUACACCAGCGUUUUUCAGUGUGCUGUUAUUACUGCUGGAACGGCAAAAGACUGACACCUCUGUCAGUUGUACUCCUUUAGCUGGGCGUCUUACAGGUCUUUGGCUUUGUGUGCAAAAAGACCACAUCAAGAAAAUGUAAAGUUCCAUGUUUCAGUCGUUGUUUUCAUUGUUGUUUUGUUUAAUGUGGCAAAUGACCAUGGCCUUGGUAAUGAUUGGGUUUGAAUUGAUUAUAAUUAAAAGGAUGAAACGGAGGCAACAUCUGGCAUCCACUUCAGUAGUAACAGGAAUUACAGAUGUUUUGCAAAACCUAAUGUGCAGCCCUGAAACCAUUAGCUCAGACUCUUUCGUAGGACCACAACAAUUAAAAAACGUUGCAUCUUGCCCAUUAACCGCUUAGGUUGAAUUGAGCUUACAGUUUGCUGGAAGGGGGGGGGGAAGCAUUGGGUUAGCUGGGGGCUAGUGGAAUUACGCAACAAAUGCAGAAACAGUUUAGCAAUAAAUAACAUGCUAGAGAUCACAGACAAUUUGACUUGUUUAAAAUCAUCCAAGUCCUGAUCUGUUGACUGAUGUCCCCCCCCAAAUUAAUGAUGAUGUGAAAUCCAUUGUGUAGAAGUUCCCCCCCCCCCACACUUUUCUCCUGCUGUUUUCUGCUGCAGCUUGUUUUCGUGUUCAUUCUGUGUGUGUUGGCUUCCUUGUCCCCAUACCAGCCUCCUACUAAAGAGGCUGUUUCACACAGUAAUUCAGUUACACGAUUCUUGCAGCCUACAUACUAAAAACUCCUUUGUAAAUAUUAAAGCAAACACAUACACUAAUUUCACUGGUUGGCUCACAGUGCACAACGCCUACAUUUUAAUCCUUCCUGCUAUAGGUAGAAUUACUUGGCAGUAAAAGAGAAGCAAUGUGCAUUGAGGCUUUGAAUUCUGAAGAGGCCAUUCAUUACUGCAUGCAAUUGCAAAACUAUUCUUUUAGGUGCAGGUUUUACUGUGAUCUGGUCUUCCAAUAGAGCAUAGUAAAAGAAAUGAACAAGUUUCAAUUAUCUGUUUUGAAGAUUGGUGUAUUUCUGUCACAUGUUUGCGUCAGCGCCUUGAUAGAGUGCAUUCUAACAUAAGCAAAGCAUCUGACACGAGGAGUUCUUCCAUCCUUUCUCUUAUAUAAUUUUUCUAAAUUUCUGCAAUCUGCUUAAUAUCGAUGCUUCUUCUGCAGCUGCUUAUUCCAUAGACCUGCUAUAGUAUAUAGUUUCUGACAGACAGAGAGAUGAGGCACAGGGCAAAGUACAGGGCCACACCAGACAAAAUGGAUGAACCCUUCAUUACUGGGUUAAGAUCUGAAUUACUGGUACUGAAUUACAUCCCCAAAUAACUUGCUCAGCAAUAGUAGUGGAGGUUUUGAAAGAAACCACAGUCUUUAUGGAAAGUCUUUCCUUGCAAACCCCUUAGAAACCGGAACAAAAAGCAGUUGAAGAGUAUCAUCCAGAUCGUGUAUCAUAGCAAAAAUUACUCAAGGAUCCAGUCACAAGUGCGAGUGAUGUCAAUUCCUAGUUCAAUUUUGUUUUAAAAAGCUUAGAAGUCAGAUCUUGCGGAAUUGGUAUGCAACAUGAGCUAUUGCAGUCACAAUCACUUUAAAAGUUGAUUUUUCCUUCUGAUGAUCAAAUAAGGAGGUCUAUCUUCGAAUAUUUAAAGUUCACUCAAUUUCUUGGCUGUUCUACAAAGUAAACAUUUAAAGAAACAUUGUCAAGUAGGCUACCCAUGUACUCACCUAAAAGAAAAAAGAUAGUGAUCGAUUCUGGUGCAAAGCUGAACUGCAGUUUCCUAGGAACAUACACUGUACUACUGUAUGUAGGCUUUAUUUGAACAGAAGUUUUACUUUGACGUUUGUCACUACUGAACCAUCCACCUUGUAUAGCUCAAACCACUGAUUUAAAUAAAUACAUUUUCUACUCUUAUCAAAUGUACAGACUAUAAAACUUAAUAAUAAAAUGAAGUAUUUAAAACUG